CUGGUAGCACCAGCUCGCUCAUUUGCCUUGCGUGAAGCCGAUUGCAUAGUUUUGAUUGGAGCGAGGCUCAACUGGAUACUGCACUUUGGACUCGCACCCAGAUUCAAUCCCAGUGUUAAAAUUGACAUCCCAGAAGAGUUUCAUCAGAACGUUCCGACUACAGUUCCUCUACUGGGCGACAUCGGCGAGACACUUUCUUCGAUGUUAUCGGAAUUGGAAGAUUGGAGGUUUCCGGAGAAAAGCAAGUGGAUGAUUGAUCUAUUGGCAAACGCUCAGAAGAACAGAGAUAUUGUGGAACGUAUGGCCGCUGACCAUUCGCCUCCUCUCAAUUACUACGCUGCCUAUACGCCAAUCCGCAAAUUCCUUGAAGAAAACGAUGUUCUCGUUGUUAAUGAGGGAGCGAACACCAUGGACAUUGGGCGGACGAUGAUGCCCUCUGUACUGCCACGUAGACGACUCGAUGCUGGAACGUUCGGUACAAUGGGAGUGGGCCAUGGCUACUCCUUAGCUGCUGCCCUAUAUUGUCGUGAUCACUCGCCAAACACCAAAGUUCUUGUGGUUCAGGGAGAUAGUGCAUUCGGAUUCUCAGCAAUGGAACUCGAGACGAUUGCCAGCUGCCAGUUGUGUGUCGUGCUGAACAACAGCGGCAUUUAUCGCGGUAUGCUGCCCGAAGACAUGAAAUCAGUCGAAGGAGACCCGACACUGCAAUAUCCUGUGCUAUCUCUGUCUGCUGAGUGCCGUUACGACGAACUUUGUAAAGCCCUAGGAGGAGACGGUUAUUUUGUUCGCAGUGUUCCAGAAAUUGAGCGAGCUCUUGCGCAGUGGAACAUGGUGUGGAACGAUCUAGCUAGAUUCAAC